GCCUAAUCCGAGGAGUGUCCGUGUUUUCAUAGCCAUAUAUGAAUAUUUUUAUGUGGAAAUAAUGGCUCAAAGCAGCACUUUUAGUCAAUGGAUAACUGUGAUUUGCAUGAUCUAUGCCUCCCUAUGCUCCUAUUCAGGCAAUGAAGUACAUGCUCCCUAAGCAGCUGUAUCAAUGUGUAUGCAAAGCAUUACCUGGAAGAGUUAUGGGGAUCAACGUUGGCACUGAGUAUCUUGGAGUUGCCAUGUCAGAUCUGGAGAAUAAAGGCCUGGAGGACUCUAGGACUAGCCUUCUACGGUUGAAUGAUAAGUCUGGAAAGCCCAAGAGUGAUGCUGUUCUUGCAUCUGAACUCAAGGACCUGAUCGAUCGAAACAAUGUCAAGGGCAUGGUAAUUGGAAAGCUGGACCUUGAUGAGCUCGAUAGUCGUCUCCCGUCUUCCGAUGUUGAAGCAGCAAAGGAGUUUGUCCAAAAGCUUGACAAAACAGAUAUGUUUAGUGAUAUGAACUAUACAUAUUUUCCACCGAGAUCCGAGCUAAUUCUCGAGAAGUUCCUGGAUGGAUACCGUGGAAAGUCUAGCUCAUAGCACCACCGGAAAAAUAAGUGGUACUUAAUCGAAGACAAAUGAAGAUAGGAAGCUGACUGGGUGUAGCAUAUGAUGCAAAUAGCUAAUAAUAGGUUUUAAGACUUCUAGAUUAACAUUUUCUACUAACUUGUGAUUAUCUUGGUGGAGUAAUGGAUGAUUAUAACUAUUAUUGGUGUACAAUGAUUGAAUUGAUUUUGCUGUGACCUGAAAACUGAUGAAUUUGCACCAAUGAAAAUCCUUUUUGAUAUGUCAA